GACCCUGGAACAGAAUUAAGGCAGGAGGAUUCAUCUCUAAGUAAGGGUGAGAAUGUCUUCAGAGAACAUGAUCUACGUGAAACCUAUUAUUUGAUGUUUGUUGAGGCCUGCACUGGUUCUAUUAGAUGACUAAUAUUACAUUCAGUACUUGUUAAAGGACAGAAAAAAAACAGUGCCUCAAAACAUUCAAGAUGAACACAGCAGUCCUCGUUAUUCAAUGUCAUGGCCAUUCCAGAAAGAAAAGGUCUAAGUUCAGUGCUGUGAACCUUUCUGGCUGCCUUCCAUGGAGGGAGGUUGGAAUGAGCUUUGCCCUGGGCUGACACUCUUCCUUGUCACUGAUUAACAAGCUUCAUAGGAAGGCUGCUUCACUGACAUCCUGCUCUGCCUGGAGAGUGACAUUUGGCAAAGCUUUGGUGAGCAGAAAAAAUGUCCACUCGCUACCACCAAGCUGCUAGUGAUAGCUACCUGGAACUUCUGAAAGAGGCUACCAAGAGAGAUCUGAAUCUUUCUGAUGAAGAUGGCAUGACUCCCACACUCCUGGCAGCCUACCAUGGGAACUUGGAAGCCCUAGAAAUAAUCUGCAGCAGAGGAGGAGAUCCUGAUAGAUGUGACAUCUGGGGAAAUACUCCUUUACAUUAUGCAGCCUCCAAUGGUCAUGCCCACUGUGUCUCGUUUCUGAUCAACUUUGGUGCCAACAUCUUUGCCCUGGACAACGAUUUACAGUCUCCACUGGAUGCUGCUGCCAGCAGAGAACAGAAUGAAUGUGUUGGUCUCUUGGAUAAGGCUGCCACUGCCCAGAACAUCAUGAACCCCAAGAAGGUCACCAGGCUGAAGGAGCAGGCUCAGAAGAAUGCCAGGAGGCAGAUCAAAGAGUGUGAGAGGCUCCAGGAGAAGCACCAAAAUAAGAUGGCCCGCACCUACAACAAGGAGGAAUCUGGGACUCUUUCUUCUUCCAAGGGCACUUUCUCCAGGUCACCCCUUUCAAAUGUUUCUGCUUCCAACACAUUUGGGUCACUGUCUAAGGGCAUUAAAGACACCUUUAAAAUAAAGUUCAAGAAGAACAAAGAUACAGCAGAGCCGUUAGGGAAGGAGAGAACAAGUGGGCAGAAGAACGUGAUGGAAGUGUUCAGAGAGGAGGAGGAGGAGGAGGAGGAAGGUCACUUCUCAGGGGACUUCAAAGAGAAGCUCCAGUUCUCAGUAAAGGCAGACAGUUGUGUGCAACACGAAUCCAUUCUCAACCGUCCAGGUCUAGGAAAUGUUGUUUUUAGAAGGAACAGAAUAUUGAGCCCUGAAGACAUCUCAGACAGCAAGAGGGAGUUGGGGUUCAAAAUGCCCAGUGAAUUGCUUCAGAGACAAGGAGGAGCUGAGGCUGAUGAAGAGGGAGUGGAAAACAACCAUGAAGACAAUCUGCCUUGGGAUGAGAACGCAGUGGAAUGGGAGGAAGAUGUGGUUGAUGCUACCCCCCUGGAAGUGUUCCUGCAGUCCCACUACCUGGAAGAAUUCCUUCCUAUUUUCAUGAGAGAGCAGAUUGAUCUGGAAGCUCUGCUGCUUUGCUCUGAUGAGGACCUUCAGAGCAUACAAAUGCAGCUGGGUCCCAGGAAGAAAGUCCUUCAUGCCAUAAACAGAAGGAAGCAGGUGCUACAACAGCCUGGGCAGUUGGUCGACACCAGCCUUUGAUGGAGUGUUGGGUCAACUGGGUGAGUCUGCAGCAGUGGGGUGAUGCUGUGGCCCACUGGAAACAUUUCAGGCAUUACCCAUUCUCUACCCAAUACCAGAAUACUGGGUUUCUAGGGUUUUGGAGGUGUCCAUCUAAGAGGCCCAAAUUCUACUCUGAGAAAUACUCUAUACCUGUCCACAUAAACCGCUCAUGAGAAACUCAAGGAGACCUGGGAAUAAGAAAAUGACAUUUCUCUUCAAUUAUCUUUUUGAUAUUUUUGAAUACAGAAAGGAUUAAAUGGAUGACAGAGAAGGGAAAAAAACUUUCUUCACUUUCCUAACUCUGGACUUAAAAUUAUAAUCUCAUCACAUUAGCUGCUGAUUAAUUUCUGAUCCUCAUAGCUAGGGAUUCUAACUCCAGUUCUGUCCUUAGCUCUAUGACUUUACCUGUUGGCGGAGACUAAAGUUCCUCCAUUGGCCUGUGGCGUGAUGCCCAACUUAAAUGUGUCUAACCCUUCAACAGAUGUUUACAUGUUUACAAGUAAUAGAAAUGGGUCUAUAGUACUCCUGCCUGGGAACAGAGAGAAGAUGGCAGGUAGAGAGAGAGAAGAAAGAAACAGAAUGUAUGUUACCUGUAUGGACUGAAUUUUGUCCCUCCAAAAUUCUUAUGUUGAAACCGUAAUACCUAAUGUGACUGUAUUUGAAUAUAAGACCUUUAUUAAAGAGCUGAUUAAGAUUAAAUGAGGUCAUAAAGGUG